AUGUUCUUUGCCGAGCUCCUCUCGACCCGCACCUCGUUGGGCAAGCUGUGGAAUGCCGGACAGCUUGCGCGGAUGGGCCGCAUGCGGCACCGCAGGCUCCACGCGCGGGCAUCACUCAAGGGCUUGGGCGCGUCGUCACGAUCGGCACCGUCGUCGCACCGCGGCAAGGUCGCGGUCUUCAAGACCAUUCCCAAGCGGUCGGUGCUCUCGGCCAACAUCACUGGCCUCGCGGCCGCCGUCCGCAAGCGGGCCAUCGACGCCUCCGACCUGUCGCUAGCAGUCAAAGGUGUGCUUGUCCAUGGCCUUGCUGCCAUCUACGACCGCAAGUGUGCCUACACCCUCGACGAUGCAUCCAAGGCCAUGACCACCAUCAUGGGCCAGCUCAAGACGUUUAACACAACAAAGGCUGCGGGCGGAGGACACCGGCGGAAGCGGGCGGCGCAGAGGCGGCGCGUGCGCAAGCAGGCAGGGGGUGACGUGGGGGCGGCCACCGCGCACGCCUGCCUUCGCGAGCUGCUGCAGAACGACGCCUCGCUCCGAGAGUACUACACGGCGAUGCUCGGGGGACCGGAAGGCGGGCUGCUGAACGUACUUGGCGGCGGCGUCGAGGGUGCUGACCUCAACCAAGGCUUCCUGGUCCUUGAUCCGCAUGCUGCGCACGCCGCGCCGCCAUGCGCCAUCACGCUGCCCGAUCCCGCGGCAAGCUCGCUCUUUGCCGGCGGCACCGGCGUCGACGACUUGGGCCUGCUGCUUGUUGGCGGCGACGAUGGCUUUGGCAUCGACGACUUUGGCGAGGCUAACGUCCCGCACUACGAGCCGGGCGUUGGCGCGCUUGACGACAACAGCGGCGACGACCAAGUCGGCGAGUGGGAGCUGUUUGGCCGAGCGGUCAGCGAGCCGCAGCUUGCGUCGCUUGCAUCGCUCGGAUGGGACGAGGAGCACGUGGCGCAGCAGCGCGCGCGUCCGCGCGGACCACAGGUCGAUGCCCGCACUCGGUUCUCAUCGGCGGUGAUGCGGCGGAACCUGGAGACCGGCGCAUCAACCGUCGGGACGUGGCAUGCGAGCCGGGUGGAGGAUGGGGUGCGGCAGGCGCGGCUCGACGCUUGGCGAGCAGUCGGGUGGCGGCCGCGAGUCUUUGCGCACCACGCGACCGAGCUUCGACCGCAGGUUGCGCCUGCGCUGCGCAACCUGCUGCAAAGCUCGCUCUCGCUCGAGCCCGCGCCGCCGGCGGAGCGGCGGGCGUGGGCGAGCGGUUUGGACCUCUCGUUUGCCGCGUCCGCGGCACCCGAUCCGUUGUCGGACGGCGACACAUUCUCCGGCGAGUGGGACGAGGCCUUUGCGGUGGCGUGGGACGAGGCCGAGGAUGCUGAGCCAUCGGCGGAGCGGUCGCUCGGUGCGCUGUUGGAGGCGUCGAUGGGUCCUGAGCGCGCGCGCAGCUCGCAGCCUGCGCGCAGCGGCGACGUGGCUUGGGCCGUCGAGCACAUGGAGGGCACGACAGCGCGAUUUCUGCGGUGGCUGGCACGCGCCACGCCAGGCACGCCCUUUGGCGAGCUGGUGGCGCCCGGGGCGGUGAGCGCGGGCACAGCGGCCAAGGCCUUUCCGCCAGCAAGCGGACCGGGUCCGGCCCGAGGUCACUGA